UCCAGUCCUACACAAGAACUUUGUCUUUCUAUUUGUGCUAUUAUUGUACAAACACUAAAACCUUUGUUCUCUUCGUUACAGGUCUUGCCUUCCUGCUGUAUGCCCAGAUAGGCACUGCCUAUAUCCUGUCAUGUUACUUCACCAACUGGGCCCAGUACAGGCCUGGUGCGGGGAAAUUCAUGCCUGACAACAUCGACCCGUGCCUGUGCAACCAUCUGAUCUACGCCUUUGCUGGGAUGAACAACAAUGAGAUCACGACUUACGAGUGGAACGACGAGACCCUUUACAAAUCCUUCAAUGGCCUGAAGAACCAGAACAGGAAUUUGAAGACUCUCUUGGCGAUUGGAGGAUGGAAUUUCGGGACAUCCAAGUUCUCCACAAUGGUUUCCACUCCCCAGAACCGCCAGACCUUCAUCAAGUCCGUCAUCAAGUUCCUGCGCCAGUAUCAGUUUGAUGGGCUGGACAUCGACUGGGAAUACCCUGGCUCCAGGGGCAGCCCAGCCCAGGACAAGGCUCUUUUUGCCACCCUGGUUAAGGAAAUGCUGGAAGCCUUUGAGCAGGAAGCUAAGCAGGUCAACAAGCCCCGUCUCAUGGUCACCGCUGCAGUUGCUGCAGGAGUUUCCACCAUUCAGUCUGGAUACGACAUUCCUCAGCUUGGAAAGUACCUGGACUACAUCCACGUGAUGACUUACGACUUCUACAGCUCUGGGGAUGGCCACACUGGGGAGAACAGCCCUCUGUACAACAGUGCUAACAGCUACCUCAGUGUUGAAUAUGCUAUGAACUACUGGAAGAACAACGGUGCCCCAGCUCAGAAGCUCCUUGUUGGCUUCCCAACCUACGGACAUAACUUCAACCUCCAAAACCCAUCGAACACCGCUGUUGGGGCACCAACAUCAGGACCUGGGCCAGCUGGACCUUACACGCAGCAGGCUGGGCUUUUGGCUUACUAUGAGAUCUGCACCUUCCUGAACUCUGGAGCUACCCAGGCUUGGGAUGCCUCUGAGGAUGUGCCCUAUGCCUACAAGGGCAGCGAAUGGGUUGGCUAUGACAACAUCAAGAGCUUCAACGUCAAGGUUGACUGGCUGAAGAAGAACAAUUUUGGAGGUGCUAUGGUUUGGACCAUUGAUAUGGAUGACUUCUCUGGAUCUUUCUGCAAGCAGGGCAGAUAUCCCCUGAUCACUGCCCUGAAGAACGGCCUUGGUCUGCGGAACAGUGGCUGCUAG